AUGACAGAGUGGAAGCCAAAGCCAAAGCCGCGCCUUCCGCGCGAGCUGCUCCUCGUGCUCGCAGAGCACAUGGGCGCGCGCGAGCUCGGCGUCGCAGCGACCGUGUCGCGCGGAUGGGCGUCGCUCUUCCUCCCGGCCAUUAAGAAACGCGUCAAGGCGCUCGGGGGCGACCCGCGCGACGUCGAGGCGCGGCUCGAGGCGACACGCAGCUUGACUCGCCACGGGCAGAUCAGCUGGCGCGCGAUGGCCCUGCGGAGCGCGUAUGAAGCCGAGGUCGAGGCGGUCGGCCUGCGCCCGACGGUGCGCUGGGUCCCGGUGCUUGCUGGCGCGCCUGCUGGCCAGCUGGUGUCGACGGUGAACUCGUACAAUGGCGAGGUGGUCGUUACGGUCCGACCUAAAGAAGGGACCAACGAUGCCGAGGAGGAAGUGGAAGGUGAAGCGGCUGUGCCGGCCGAGGCUGCAGAAGGUCAUCCCCCCGCAGGCCUGCCGCCGCUCGACGCAUUCACGGUGGACAAGCACCUGCAGUACCACCGCGCCGAGCCGCUCCCCCUGGACAUGAUCUACGCCAAGCCAGUGCGCGGGAUGGGACCGCUCGCCUUGCGCCUCGAGGAGCGAGAGGACGGCCCCACGGCCCAAGUGUGGGUGACCGAGGCAGACUUUGCGCGCUUCUCGUCUAUCCAGCGAAUCCAGGACCCCAACCAGGACCCCGAGGCGCGCGUGUGCGGCCUGCGCUACCUCUGCACGUUUGCCGUGCUCGAGGAUACGACCCUCCCAGUCAUGCGGGAGCGGUAUGCCUUCCACCUCGACUACGACUGGAGCGGCGUAAUCGGCCUCACGGCUGCGUUCAGCGGCGGCGGGGUCGUGUACCACAGCCAGCUGUGCGAGGUCAAGGGGCGCUAUGCUGCCGGUGGCCGGCGGACCCGCGGCGGCUGGGAGCGCGAGCUCGCGGAAACCAACUUGUUUGACUACGUCGUCCUCGACAACGAGCACAUCUUCGUCAUGCCCGAGGAGGAGGGGGGGAUCUUCAUCUGGAACCGCGGCUUUGGGAGCUACGACACCUUGGUGCUCGCCCUCGACGGUCGGCUGGAGCCAUCCUUUGCCGCAAACCCCGGGCCGACGUUCGACGUGACCCCCGACAUGCUGGCUUCACGGAGGCCCAUCGCCGAGUGGGCAUUGGGCGACGGAGACGAGGCUGUGCCCGUUACACCGGGGGCGGCGCGCGUCGUCGCGGUAGAACGUGCAACGCGCGAGUGGUUCACAGACUCCGCUGUGACAUUCUACCAGUGGGAGCUGGAUAACAGCAGUGUGACGGUUGCCGACCGCCACCUCGUGUGGGAGGGCGACACCGGCUUUGUCGUGAUACCAGACUACGCCACGCUCCUGGAGGAGAUUGUCUCUUCCGAGCUGGACGAGGAAACGCAAGCCGCGCUCGUGACGUCGCGCAUCUUCAGGUUUGUCGUCGGUCCCUCGUUCACUGGCAUCCAGGUCAUCGGCCACCGCGUCGUGUGCCAGAUGGACCUUGGCGCGCUCCUCAUCGACCUGGACGACAUCCAAAACGCCCAAGUGCCAGUAGUGCAGAUCACCCACGGGUUCCCGUACCCCGCCGAGCACUGGCGCCAGGCGGACACGAACAUUGCCACGCCGACCGGCCUGCUUGAGGUGGUCAGCCUCGAGCCGUACCUCCAGGAGGAGUAUGCCCAGGCGACGAAGGGGUUCAAGGGGAUGCAGUAUGCUGGAGAGGUGCCGAGCUCGGUUGGUAUCCGUGUGCUGUCGUUUGAGCCGCACAGCAAAUUUACUCGUCAGGCGGCGGCGGCAGAGGCGGCGGCCGAGGACCCAGGAGCGUGGGGGCGAGUGAAGAUCACAUUUGUAGACUGA